AUGGCCGCUAAGAAGUUCGAGACCCAGCGCACCGGCCUGGCUGCCGGCAUCAACAAGGGCCACAAGACCACUGCCCGCGUCGCCAAGCGCGUGAGCCACACCAAGGGCCACCUGAGCAAGCGGACUGCCUUCGUCCGCGACCUCGUUAAGGAGGUCGCUGGCAGCCUUGCCCCUUAUGAGCGCCGCAUCAUUGAGUUGCUCCGCAACGCCAAGGACAAGCGCGCCCGCAAGCUCGCCAAGAAAAAGCUGGGCACCUUCGGCCGUGCCAAGGCUAAGGUUGAGGACAUGAACCGUGUCAUCGCCGAGUCUCGCCGUGCCCACUAA